UUUGGAGUCGUGUCACUUUAAAUGUUUUUUUUUUCGUCACACCCAAUGCGCGACGUGCUCUUCGCCGUGGCGAUGCGUAUUGGAGUGGCGUAGCAGAGGCACUUCCUCAUUGGCUGGCGGAGCUCUUCGCCCCGCCUGCUGCGGUGGAACUCGGAAGGGUUUUGUGUGCGAGUGGGCGGCCAUGUUGAUGGACGGUGCGGGUCUCUUCCUCCGCCGGACGCGUCUCCUCGGCGGCGCUUGAGGGCGGCCCCGUGCUGCGAGCUCGGCCACCGGGUCGGCGAUGAGAGGAGUAGCGCGGCGCUCGAAGCACGUAGCGACCGCGCGGCUCUUUUCCCGCCGGAACGGCGCGACGUUGUGAGCGCGGCGGGCUCUAACACACUGAGUGAGUGGCAUUGCGGCUCAGUCUGUGUGGAGAAGCGGAGCCUGAGGACCUCAGGAGCGGAGAGGAGCGCCCCCGACUCGAGGGGGCCGCUGUGCCGGGCGGGCGUCCUGGGGCCCCGGGCUCGCUCACAGUCUCAGGGGAACUAUGGUCGGGGGUGCAGCCCGGGGUGACGGAGCGCUUUGUGCAGGUGGCUCUUGCGUCUGCCCGCCCGCCGCGUCGGCCCCCGCCGCAGCCAGGCGGCGCUGAAGGCUCCCUCUUCGCGCGUAGCCCGCCCCGAGCUCGAGCUCCCGCCGCGCGCCAUGGCCUGGGUGCUCAAGAUGGACGACGCCGCCAUCGAGUCUGGGCUUGUGCACGACUUCGACGCGAGCCUGUCCGGCAUUGGCCAGGAGCUGGGAGCGGGAGCCUAUAGCAUGAGCGAUGUCCUGGCACUGCCCAUCUUCAAGCAGGAGGAUGGCAGCCUCCCCGUGCAGCUCGAGUCAAGAAACCCUCCAUUCCAGUACAUUCUGUGCGCACCGACUUCACCGGCUGUCAAGCUACAGGACGAGACAGUCACCUACCUGAACCAAGGUCAGUCCUACGAGAUCCGCAUGCUGGACAACCGCAAGGCAGGGGAGCUGCCGGAGCUCAACGGCAAGAAUGUGAAGAGCAUCAUUCGGGUUGUGUUUCACGACCGUCGUCUGCAGUACAUGGAACACCAGCAGCUGGAGGGCUGGAAGUGGAACCGUCCGGGAGAUCGGCUCCUGGACAUCGAUAUUCCAAUGUCUGUGGGUGUCAUCGAACCCAGGACCAACACUUCGCAGCUCAACGCAGUCGAGUUCCUGUGGGAUCUCUCCAAACGUACGUCUGUCUUCGUCCAGGUGCACUGCAUUAGCACAGAGUUCACACUGCGGAAGCACGGCGGCGAAAAGGGCGUCCCGUUCCGCAUACAGAUCGACACCUUCCGGCAGGGCGACGGAGACGACUACUCGGAGCACCUGCACUCGGCCAGCUGCCAGAUCAAGGUGUUCAAGCCGAAAGGUGCCGAUCGCAAGCAGAAGACGGACCGCGAGAAGAUGGAGAAGCGGACGGCGCAGGAGAAGGAGAAGUACCAGCCCUCGUACGACACAACCAUCCUGUCUGAGAUGAGGCUCGAACCCGUCAUCGAAGACGCAGUUGAACACGAGCUCAAGAAGUCGAGCAAACGCACUCUGCCCGCAGACUGUGGCAAUUCUCUCGCCAAACGAGGCAGCUGCUCUCCCUGGACAGAUGUCUCGUACGUCCAGAGUCCUCCUUCAGCGCCACCUCUGGUGUUCACCUGUGCCACACACAAAUCCUAUAGCGCCUCGGUGCCGGAGAGUGAUUCUUCUUCGCCAAACCAUCAUGGAGAUCCUGGUGGCAGCACGGUGGCAGAGCAUCUCAGCCCCACGGCCUCCACCCAGGACACCCAGCAGUGGCUGCAGAAGAACCGGUUCUCUGCCUAUGCCCGACUGUUCUCCAACUUCUCAGGUUCUGAUCUACUGAAACUGAGCCGUGACGACCUGGUCCAGAUCUGUGGUCCAGCUGACGGGAUCCGACUCUUCAACACACUUAAAUCGAGGUGUGUGAGGCCUCGUUUGACUGUGUACGUGAGCCAGGAGGCCCCUUUGGCGGAAUCCCCCUUGCUGGACAGCCCCGGUGCCGCCAAGCACUCGGCCAGUACCAUACACGGUGAGUGCUUGCGGUCAGUUGGUCGGCAGCUCGAGCUCUGUGUCUCACGGACGUCUCACGUCUCCUCUCCUGCAGUGUAUCACGCCCUCUACCUGGAGGAAAUGACGGCGCUGGAGCUCACGCGCAAGAUGGCCUGUGUCCUGAACCUGUCCCUGGCGCGGGUCAACCAGGUGUACCGCCAGGGUCCCACGGGUAUCCACGUCCUGCUCAGCGACCAGAUGGUGUACAAUCUUCCCGACGAGAGCUGCUUUGUCGUCAGCACGUUGAAAGACGAUGCUGGAGACGGAUACCACCUGAUUCUCAAGUGAAGUGCAGCGCAGGAGUGCUGUGCAGCGGGGGGGCCCAGUCCUGCACACACACACCAGUAACGUUGGAAUCUGACUUAAUUCUGUUUCAUAUUGAAAACACUAUUUUAAGGAGAGCUGUGGGAAGGAGCUCUUGUAUGUAUGUAUGUAUGUAUGUAUGUAUGUGCAGGGGGGUAUUUUUGGUUAUUUUUUUGCAAUGGCGGUAGGGUAAAGUGUGUGUGUGUGUGUGUGUGUGUGUGUGUGUGUGUGUGAGAGAGCGUGAGCUCUGCCAGCUCUCUCUCUGCUCCGUUAAUCGGUGCUGUUGACUCAUAGCGCCCAGGUGUCUCACACAUUGCAUUAAAGGCACCCACUGGACACAGCGGUGCAGUUUGGGGGGCAGUGCAGCUGUUGCUGUGAGGUACAAGGCCUCAUACACUCCAGCCCCCCCCCUCCCCCCAGGGCACUUCAGACAGCAAGCCACUUCUGCUUCCUGUCGGGGUGCUGGGCGACGCGAGCGAAGACAGCCUCUGCAGCAUGGACACUGUGGACAUCGAGAGCUGUGCGCUUCCUCGCUUGUAGCUUCUCGCCUUGUUUCAUGUCCUCAGCUGACCUCUGUGUGACAACAGGGCUGGUAGCAGAGUGUGUGUGGGUGCUCAGCACUCCACCAGUGUCCCGUCCCGAUGUGUGUCCCUCUGGAGCCCCGGAUAGAGACCACGUGCUGGACCGAGCUUUUCUCCGUGGUUCUUGAAGGAGUGGAGGGGCAGGAAGCAAGAGCUGGAGUUGAGUCCUCUGUGUUCGUGCGUGUGUCCGGUUCCCUUUGUGUGUUUUUGGACUGAAGUGUCAGUUUCAGCGAGGCGUACGCGCAUGUCUACGUCUUUCUUUCCCAAUCAAUCUCUUCUUCUGUCUUAAGAGGUCCUGGAGCAAAGCUCUUGACUCCUUGUGGGAUGAAUUGCUUUUUUUUUUUUUUUUUUUUUGCUUGGUUUGUUUUUUUAAACGGGCUGUACUUUUGUUUUUAAUGUAACUCUCCAUGUCGCCUCACAGACCCCUGUAUGUGCUCCGUUGCGGUUCUGUACUGAGCGUCUUUCUGUGCAUGCAUGAACUUAAGCCUGGGGGGGCAGCAAAAGGGCUGCUGGCACCUCCUUGCCCUCAGUGCGAAGACUCACGGUGCACAAGUGCAAAUGAACAUAAUAUCUAAAUGACAGGAGGGAGGCGAGUGGUGGGUGGGGCUUGGGGGCGCGUCUUGCAUGUCAACAGGCCAGAGGAAGCGCGGUUGACAUCGCAAUGCGAGGUGGUGUGAUGCUUAAGGCAGCUGCUGCUGUCUCCCAGCAUCCCGGGCCUCGUCCCAGCACGCCGCCGGCUUCGCCAAGUGUCACAGCCAUGCCAGAAGGGGGUGCCUUGCCUGUGACUACGGUACGAGUUGUAAUGCACUCACUUGUAAGCCUGUACUGGAAAUAAACCUUGUUUCCCGCCAGUUUGUGGGGUGUGUGUGUAUGUUUCUCCUGCAAGACAGGACUGUUCUUUCACUGAUCGUCGGUCGAUCACCGGUCACAUCUCAUGCAAUGGACUGUCUAGCCACAGCCUACGAUGGAGAA